AUGAAGAAAGCACAAGUUGUGUUUAUCCCUUCUUCUGGUUUAAGCCAUUUAGUUUCCACCCUUGAGUUCGCCAAGCUUCUAAUCAACCGUGAUAACCGUUUCCGAGUAACCGUUUUAGUUAUGAAACUUCCAAACAACUCAGAAGCUGAGUCAUACAUUGAUUCCCUUCCCGUCUCCGAUUCUCUGCACCUCGUCAACCUUCCAGAAACUUCUCUUCCUCCAAACACCGAUCGAGCUUCCGCUAUGAUCGCUCUCAUCGAAUCUCAAAAACCAAACGUCAAACAAGCCGUCUCUAACCUCACUGCCGAAGAACAACUACAUGGACCCCUCGCGGCUUUCAUUGUUGACAUGUCCUGCACUACCAUGAUUGAUGUUAUCAAAGAAUUUUCCGUUCCUUCCUUCGUUUUCUUCACUUCUGGCGUUGCUUCCCUUGGUUUGAUGCUUCAUCUUCACAGACUAUUUGAGCGAGACAGCUUCGAUUCGACUAAGUUACAGCAACAGAACGAGUUAGCGGUUCCGAGUUUUGCCAACUCGAUUCCUAUAAACUCGUUUCCUAGUUUUGUGCUAGACAAGGAAUGGAAGUCGUUUUUUAUGAGCUAUGUAGGAGGCCUCAAGAAGCCAAAUGGCAUUAUAGUAAAUUCAUUUGAAGAGCUUGAAUCACAUGCAGUUAACUCAUUUUUCUCUCAUCCUGAUCUAGUAGCUUUACCUAUAUAUCCGGUUGGGCCCUUAUUAAACCCUGAGCCCAAAACAAAGAGCACCGCUGAUUCAGAUGAUAUCAUCAAAUGGCUUGACGGUCAACCUCCUUCCUCAGUUGUUUUCCUCUGCUUUGGGACUAGGGGUUCUUUCUAUGCAGACCAAAUCCAAGAGAUAGCACGUGCUAUUGAGAAUAGUGGAGUUCGUUUCAUAUGGUCUAUACGUAAACCCUCACCGAAAGGCAUUAUGCCUACACCCUCUAAUUAUCCACUUUUAGAUUUGGUUUCGCUUUUACCUGAAGGAUUUUUGGAUCGGACUGCUGAAAUAGGAAAGGUCGUUGGUUGGACUCCACAGGCUCAAAUACUUGCCCACCAAGCCAUAGGAGGAUUUGUUUCACAUUGUGGAUGGAAUUCCAUACUAGAGAGCAUAUAUUUUGGUGUGCCUAUUGCGGCGUGGCCUCUUUUUGCAGAACAACAGACAAAUGCUUUUGAAUUGGUGUGUGAGCUAAAGUUGGGUGUGGAGAUUGCAUUGGACUAUCGUGUGGGAUUUGAUGGUGAUCAUAACUAUAUUGUAACUGCAGAAAAUAUUGAGAGAGGAAUAAAGAGUUUGAUGGAUAAGGAAGGAGUGAUAAGGAAGAAAGUGAAAGAAAUGAGUGAAAAGAGUAAGAAGACUUUGUUAGAGGGUGGAUCUUCCUACACUUAUUUAGGUAAUUUAGUUGACUAUAUUAUGAAUCAUGUAUGA